AGGUAACCUAAUAAACCGUUAUCCUCGCGCACACUAUAGUAUUCACAUAUAUUUGUUAAAUGUGCGAUUAAAACAAACAUACACGUAUGCUUUCAAAUCUGAAUAGCAAGAUCAAAUGUUGUUCUUGUAACUCGCCCCAGCUCGGGCAGGGUUGAGCUAAUUGUAGCCUAAUCCUGCCCCGGGGCGUUUGGAGAGCCUUGAGCAAGAAUUCUUGUUCGUCUGUCCUCUGUUAUUCGGGCUGGAUCGCCGUGCCUUCAACGCGCUCUCACGCUUCAACAAAAAAGCGAGACGAAGACACGCCACGAUCGAUCUCAUGUUUUAAAGAGGGCUGAAGAUACAUUUACAAACGAUGUCUUCCAAGGAGGGAAGGAGUAUGUCUCGACUCUCUUUGACCCGCUCCCCGGUGUCUCCUCUGGUCGCUCAGGGAAUCCCGCUGCCGGCUCAGCUGACCAAAUCCAACGCUCCGGUUCACAUUGAUGUAGGAGGACACAUGUACACCAGCAGUCUGGCCACCCUCACCAAAUACCCCGACUCCAGAAUCAGUCGUCUGUUUAAUGGCACUGAACCGAUCGUUUUGGACAGCCUGAAGCAACAUUAUUUCAUCGACAGAGAUGGAGAGAUAUUCCGCUUCAUCCUGAGCUACCUGAGAACCAGCAAACUCCUCCUUCCCGAUGACUUUAGGGAGUUCCAGCUGUUGUACGAGGAGGCUCGGUUCUACCAGCUGACGCCUAUGGUUAAAGAGCUGGAGCGCUGGAAACAGGACCGGGAGCAGCGGCGGACCGCUCAGCCUUGCGAGUGCCUAGUGGUGCGAGUGACCCCUGACCUGGGCGAGAGGAUCGCCAUCAGUGGGGACAAGGCCCUCAUAGAGGAGAUUUUCCCAGAGACAGGGGACGUCAUGUGUAAUUCCGUCAACGCCGGCUGGAACCAAGACCCGACCCACGUCAUUCGCUUUCCACUGAAUGGCUACUGCAGGCUCAACUCUGUGCAGGUUUUGGAGAGACUCUUCCAAAAAGGCUUCAGCAUGGUAGCGUCAUGCGGCGGGGGCGUCGACUCCUCCCAGUUCAGCGAAUACAUCCUGAGUCGAGAGGACAGACGAUGUCAAAGCAGCCACACGCCCAUCAGGAUAAAACAGGAGCCUCUGGACUAGCCGGCUCUCGCGCCAACCACGAACACCUCAGUCUGCUUUUGAAGAAGAAAAAAACGCCAACGGACAAACACAAGACAUUCAUUUGCAAGAAGAAUCUUCUGCUUGACUCUUCGAACUCUUGAACUUAAGACUGAAAUGUUAGUAAAUACACAAGUAAUGGCUUCAUUGGAUGACCCUUCUUCUUUAUAAACGAAAGCGAGGAUAGAGUUUCAAAGACCCCGGUUCACCUCGAGUUGAAUUUGCUGGCACAGUUAUUUAAAAUACUUGCAGAUUUUGUUGUUGUUGUAGUUCAGAAUCACGAGCUAAAUUUACCACUACACGAUCUCUUUCGGCUGGAUCGUUGCAAAACCAAACCGCCAGACUUCCGACCUAACGGGUCUGCACAAAAUACAAAUUCUGUCCUGUGCCCAGAAUCCAUUUGUAAUCUAGAUAUCUAACGUUCUCAUUUUCCAGUCUCAUCUGUUUAAAACCGAUCUUUUAUGACCUACAGGUUUAUUGCUGUUGUUUCACUACAUGAAGGAUUCGAGAGCGGUUCUCAGAAGUCAUUCGGUUGUGAGUGCAGUCUCUGUCCAUGCUUUUUUGACUAGAGGCUACGUGGCCAAAGCAGACAGCCUGGUAAUGCAUUCAGAGAGGUUUUUUGUUCGAGCAUAUCCGAAGGGAAACCUGGACUCAUUUGCGAGAGCUUUUCUGAUGGCAUCGCUAAAUCCACCAUGAAAAGGGCACUCACUAUCUUUCUCUCUUGCUGGUUUCUUCAAACCAGCCUUGAAUGUACCAAAACGGUUGUUUAUUCUUGCAUACGGCAACAUAAAAAUUCCAAACAUUCAUUAUAUGUGAUUGCUUUAAUAGCAGGAUAAAGUUAAGCGAAGAUCUCUUGUAGAUAACCAACAUUUUGUUUGAAGGCAGCUUGAAAAAAAAUGAGAUUAUGGAGAUGGCUAAUGAAUGCAAUGCUCCAGGGCUCUUUGCACUGUAUAUCAGAUUGCCCCUUAAAGCUCAGAGAUGUUGGGUUACGGGUCAGACUCCUCACCAGGAGCUAAGGUCACUUUCCCACCAUCUCUUUUUUCUCGUAUCGGAGAUGCACAGAGCUUGAAAGGUUAAUUCGGUGGCUGGUAAACAGACUGAAAUGCGUAAUGUGUUGUAAAAUGGGAUCAUUUUAUUAAGGCAUCUGCCUCAACAUUUCAAAAGUAACAUUGAAUCGCGCUGCUUGUUGUCUUAACUCGGCAGCAUCAUCUUUUUAUGCUAUCCAACAAAUAUGUACAUAUUGGCUCACAGCAGGAUUGCAUUCCCCUAAAUGCAAUUUUUGGUUUCGAGUUCAGAGACAAGAUUAUAAAAAAUUUGCCCUUAAGGAUACAUCCUCGCAAAUGCAAAAAAAGGGUCGUUGAACUCGUCUCCGGUGCAAAGAGCGUGCCAGGUCAGCCAUUGCAUAAAUCUUAAUUUAAAUACUGCACUAAUGGAUGUUGUGUCAAGAUGUAUAUUGCAGUACGGUCCAAAUGUAUAUUAUUUAAAUAAAACAUUUUUUUGUAAUGGAUUAUUAUUGAUAUGAAUCAUAGUGGUAUGUCAGGCAUGUGUUUAUUUGAAUCGUCACAUUCUUUUUGUAAUUGGUGUUGAUAAAAUGAACUUUUAAUAAAUUGUUGGAUUUCUUUCCCUAUUUUAAACUA